CUGGCUGUCCAAUCGGGUGUAAUCGACGGGAGGCACGCCAAGAGGUUGGGGGAAAUCAGCGCCUGGGCGGAAUUCGGAGGAUACAGUGCGAGCCUCUCGUUUAAAGUUAGGAAUUUGAACGAAUUGAAAGGGGACAUAGUCGCGCUGUCGUCGACGUUCGAGAUCGCGCACUGGAGAGGAAAUGGGUGCGGCAAUGAAAUUGAAACGAAGAUGGUGAUGAAGAAGCUUUUGAUCGUUCGGGAUUCGCCGGUUUAUGGCAUUGGCGGCUAUUAG